ACUUGGGAGCUCUUUGCCCUCCCUGCCAAACAUUCACUUACUGAACUGCUAAAAUCUCGAUCUGAUCACACACACGAAUGCAAGACCGCAAAACGCACUCUGCGACGAGAGUUAAACAAGACACAGUCCUGGAGUUUAGAGCACUUUCGUUUUUAUUCACGCUGGAAUUAUGCAGUCGAAAAAACAGGGGGAGAGAGCAGGAUUAUAGUUAAUCUUCACACAGAGAAAGUCAUACAGGUUGGAAUUACAUGAGAGGUCAUAAUGAUUGCUGAGUGAUAUGAAUGGACUAAUCAUGGAUCUUGGCAACGAAGUGGAUCUCUCCAAUAACAAUAUCACUCCUCUUUGGAAAAGACGGAAUGAAAAUGACAUGAAGCCCAAGCCCAGACCUCUCAGUUACCAAAUAGAUGGUGUUCUCAUGACAGACUUUCCUGUGGAUGAUAGGUGCACUUUCACUCUUACUCAGCCAGCUGAAAAGAUUAGUACCACUGCAUCAAACACUACAGUGCUGAAACACACUCUCAACAAACCCACUAAGAAGACUAGGGUUGUUCGGAGCAUCAGUAUUGGAUAUUUAUCUAAUGGACGGUUUUCGCUGUCAAAGUUCACUAAAUCGGACGAUGAAAAGAAUGAGGAGGCUACCUCUUCCCCUAAAACACCAACUCUGCCCACCAAGAACGGAAAUGGACUCAGUGUUUGGCAUGACAUAACGGAGCCCCUCAAACGUCUCUCCAGUCAGUUCACUCUCACCUCUCAAAGGGACCAGAUUGUUUUUGGGAAUGCAUCUCCAGCACCAGACACUGUUUCACCAAAACAUAAUGCAUCACCUCAGAACUUCACACGUUCACCUCAACUCCAGUCGCAGGAUGCCCAUGGGUCUCCUUUUGGCCUCCGCAGCUCCCCAUCUCACAGUUCCACCUCCAGCAUUCCCUCUAUCUCCUCCAGCCUUAGCCUCCCCUCCGACCCCCCCACACCCCGCACCCCAUCACCUGCCGAGAGGCCAGGGGGCAUCAUGGGGCAAAGGCAGAGUUCAGAGUCGCCUCAGGGCUCAGAGGGUAAGCAGCACUCUUCCCCAUUCAUACUGAGUACCCAUAGUCCUGCAGCACAGAAGAUUGGAACCCAGCAGAUCAUCCCCAGGGGUCUGGUCUCUGAUACACGCCUCAGCAAGCCCUCUCAGAAGUUUUUGGACACUGGUAAAAGUGCUUUCCGACCGCGAAGCAUGUUUGAGACUGGCUCUUCCUUCUCCAACAAGGAGGAUGAGCUGGAUGGAGAUGAGAACGCAGGACUGCUGUCAAGAGGCCAACGCUCCAAAUCGUAUCGCCGAGCAAUGGUCAGUGGUGUAGAUAUAGAUGUGCCAUCUUUAGACCCAAAGGCCAAACGACUGUCCCAGCCUGUGCUGAAAGGAGUUGCUGAGGAGAGACUGUCUUGCGUGAGUCCAUCCAGAAACAAAAAUGUGGAGAGGAAGAAAGGCUUCCCGACUCAGCGGACGUUUGACAGUGAGGAGGAAGAAGUUCUGUACCAGAAUUACCAAGAGAAAGCCCUUCACAAUGAUUCUGAUGAGGACACUGAACCCAAACAACCUCAGCCAGAUGAAGGCAUUGUGGUCCAGUACAAACCCAUCCGCACUUCCUGGAGUCAACUCAGCGUGGUUAAAAAAAGUGGAAAGUGUGAGAUGUUAAAUCAAGAAGAACGAAAGAGACAAGAGGCCAUAUUUGAGGUCAUCUCAUCAGAGCACAGUUACUUACACAGUCUGGAGAUCCUCGUCCGCCUCUUCAAGAACUCAAACGAGCUCGGUGAGACCAUUAACAAAACGGACCAUCACCAUCUCUUCUCUAACAUUGUUGACGUCUGUGAGGCCAGCAAAAAGUUCUUUAAGGAACUUGAGGAUCGGCAUCAGCAGAACAUCGUAAUCGAUGAUAUAAGCGACAUUGUUAUAAGGCACGCCCAGUCAAACUUUGACCCCUAUGUGACAUACUGCUCGAAUGAAGUGUACCAGCAGAGAACCCUACAAAGGCUUCUAAAUAAAAGCCCAUCCUUCAAGGAGGUACUGACACGGAUCGAAGCCCACCCAGACUGCCGGAACCUUCCCAUGAUCUCCUUCCUCAUUCUUCCUAUGCAGAGAGUCACACGGCUGCCCCUGUUGAUGGAUACCAUAGGCCAGAAGACGCCCAAAGACUCUGCCCCUUAUGAGGCAUGUAAAAAAGCUCUGCAUGUUGUCAGCAAGCUCGUGAGGAAAUGUAAUGAAGGUGCUCGUACAAUGGAGAGAACAGAAAUGAUGUACACCAUCAAUUCCCAGCUGGAGUUUAAAAUUAAGCCAUUCCCACUGGUGUCGUCCUCCCGCUGGAUGGUGAAACGUGGUGAGCUAACAGCUUUUGUAGAAGAAAAUGGCAUAUUUUCCAAAAGGACGUCUCGCCAGCAAGUCUAUUUCUUCCUCUUCAACGAUGUCCUCAUUGUCACACGAAAGAAAAGUGAGGAGAGUUAUACAGUUAUAGACUACGCUCUAAGAGAUCAGAUCCAUGUGGGGUCGUGUCAGGCAGAAGACCUGAAUCUCUCUCCAGUACGUGGCACUGCGGGAAUGCUGACGUCACGACAGAACGUGGCCAGCCACCUGUUCCAGAUCCGAUUCCGCAGCGACCACUCUGGAGGCAACGUGACCAUGAUCUUGGGGGUGGAGCUACUUAAUGAGAGAGCCCGCUGGAUCAGCGCUCUGGGACAGAACAACAGUAGCAACAAGAAUGACAAAAUGAACGCCAUGCAGGUUGAGGUGACGAGGACAUACACUGCCAGGCAACCAGAUGAGCUGUCUCUACAAGUGGCUGAUGUGGUGUUAUUGUCACAGACAGUAGACGGCUGGUAUGAAGGUGAGCGUCUGCGAGAUGGAGAGAGGGGCUGGUUCCUUGCCGAGUGUGCCGAACGCAUCACCUGUCAGGCAACCAUCGAGAAGAACAUGGAGAGGAUGGACCGCCUGCAAGGCCUAGAGACCAACGUCUGAGGCCUUUUUUUUUUAAUUCUUCCUCCUUCUUAAGAACGCACAGUAUAUGAAGACUGGAUAAAUCUAACCACUAUAAAGCAGGAACAACUUUAGUAGCUUCAAAAGGUGAUACAAAGAACAAAUAUACACCAUAUGUUUUAUCCAAUAGCUUUUAUGUGAUUAUAAACUGAGCUCAGGGCUCAUUUUGUGGACUUGUUUAACGUGAAGGAAAGUUUAAUAGCAGCACAGAGAUGUUCACUCACUUGUUCACUCUUUGAAUUGACUCAG